AUGAAAGAUGCUAUUGUUAAUGAACAAUACAAUCGAUUAUUUUUAUUUUAUGAUCAUGCUAAAAACAUUAUUAAACAAAAAAUGGAUCAAGCACCUUCUUACGGUGCCAACAAUCGUCCUCUUAUUGUAGUAAACAAAGCUGCCGUUAAAGCAGCUGAAGUACUAUAUGAAUAUUCAUCUAGAACUACUGCUUUAUUAUUUGAUGAUAUAGAAGCCAUCAAAAUUGAGAACGAUUCAACAAACAUUUCCAAUAAUUUAUCAACAAAAAAGUCGUUUUUUGAAGAAGAAUCAAUUUUAUUAAUCAUGGCAUCGCCUAUUUUGUCAAAAGCAUGGUUUAGCAAUGUUUUAACUGGUUUACCAUAUACUGUUCAAAAUGGUAUUGGGGAUAAAAGACAUCUUGUUGGUGCACGAAAAGAAACACUCAUGAAAACACCACCAUGUAUUAUUCGAACUGAUAAAGAUAAAUUAGCAGCACUUGAAUCAAUAAAUAUAAAUAUUGAUGAAUAUGAACAUAUUUAUAUGAAUUCUCCAUUACCAACAAAUAUGCUAUUAACUGAUGAAACAAUCAAAUUGAUUCUUUCUGAUAAUGCAUAUAUUCCAGUUCUUCAUUUAUUUAACGAUAUUCGUAUCGAACAAGAAAUGGAACGUCGAAUAGCAGCUCAUGUGGUUCAACAUGAAUUUUUUAAAGGAAAAAAACAAUACUGUAUCAUUUCAUCGUCUCAACGUGUUAAUAAUGAUGGCACCGAUAUUCAAAACAAUUUCGAAUUUGAUCUUGAUUUAUUAUCCAUCAAUAAUAACAACUUAUCAACAUCUGAUGUAUCAAUUCUUCCAAUUAAUAACUUAGCGUCAUCAACAUCAUCAUCACCAUCUCAUAUUGGAAACUCUUCUUUAUUUUCUUCAUUAUGUACAUCAAAUUCGACAACAAGUUUAUCUAACAGUAUUUUACCAAAUCAAAAUAAUCAAGAUAAUAUGUCUCUUGAACAAGAACUGCAUCAAAUUCAAGCAAAUAUUUUACAAGAUUAUUUUUAUUCACGAACUCUUAAUGAAAAGAAUGUCGUUAGUAAUAUGUGCAAUGAAAAUAUAUUAGGUACACAAGUACUUGAUCCUGUUAAUACAUCUGUUAUUAAAAAUAAUGAAUUACGUGUGCCAACAUCUAAUACAGUUCAUGUAGAAAAACAAACAAAAAUUCAAGAUAAAAAUCAAUCUGAAUUAAACUCAGGCAAUGAUCUGAUGGAAGUAAUAAAUACUAAUUCGACACAAUCAUUUGAACCGAUACCUGAUGUGGUGCAAAAUAAUAACUAUUCAUUUAAACGUUUAUUGUAUGAAGAAAGUGAAAGUCCCCGAAAAAAACUACAAAAAAAUAACAUCAAUAAGAAUGAAGAUGGUAAACGAACAACUUCACCUAUCGAACAUACAUUUAAUACAAUACAACCAUUUUCAUCUUCUCCAAUAAAUACAAACUCAACAAUUACUAUCGGUUUUACUCAUACUAAUGAAUAUCGUGUCAAUCAAUUUAGUUCUAUUGAUAUUGAUACAAAUUUGGAGCAAAAUAAUAGCACUACUUCGACACAAUCAUCCACAGGUAUGGACAUUAAUAAAGAUUAUAAUGAUGUUGCUGCACCAUUUAUUGAUAAUAUGUUGAUAGACAAUGCGCAUAGUAUGAUUAAUUCAAGUAUAUGUCAAAGUGAAAUGCUUAUGUUAAGUGAUAAUAUUCAAUUGAAUAUGCUUGAUCCAACUACUUCAAAUAUUAUUAGAAGCGAUGUUAAUAUGUCAAACUCUAUGUCGAUAACUGAUUAUCAACAUCAUGACGUAAAUAAAUCCUUUUUGGUCUAUAAAAAUAUAAAUCGUCAAGGAGACACGGAGUCAUCCUCUUUUGAUACAACAUCAUCAUCUUCAAAUAAUUUUGUAAACAUUGAUUCAGAAGGUGAUCAACACAACCUUAAUCUUAAUGUUGAUAAAUCAUUAAUUAAUAGUGAUCAAAAUAAUUAUUAUCCAUCAACCGAAAAAGACAAUGAUAAAAUUUUGUCUCAAAUUUACAAAAAAUUGAUCUUAUCUGAUGCAAUAGUUAUGUCGAAGAGCGACGUAUAUGCAAAAUUGAAACAUGUCCCCACAUCGCCAAGAAUUCGAGAACAAGCGAUUAAUAACUUAGUGAAGGAUAAAUUACUUGUUGUAGGUGAUUGGUUUAGUUCAAAGAAUACGAAAGGUAUUAUAUAUUCAACCGGUUAUCUCAAAGGUUACCCAGAAAACGAUGCACAAAAUCAAAUACAAUUUGCUAAUACGUUAGCAAAAUAUGCUAUAGAUUUUUUUGAUUUUGAACAGUCCUUCAGAAAAGAUGAAGUUGUUGGGAUUCCACGUACACUUGGUGCAUCCGAUAUUAAACAAUCAAAAUGGCUGUAUUCACAAGCUUUAA